GGCCGCACUAGAUGGAAUCGAAUCUUUAAUCACGUUGUUUAUUGUAAUACCAAUAACAUAAAACAAAACAGUUAAAAUUAAAUAUCUCUAAACAUAUAAAAGAAGCGUUUGUUUCGCCAUCCUCUUUAGUCUUUUCACUAUUUUCAGUUACACUUUUAUUUCUCUCAACAAUUUAUUCGUUUUCUCUCUUUCUCUCUGAUCAUGGCUUCCUCUAUUUCCACUGGGGUGAAAUUUGUUCCAGAAGAAGACAAUUUCUUGCAAAGACACGUCGCCUUUUUCGACAGGAACAAAGAUGGUAUCGUUUAUCCUUCGGAAACAUUUCAAGGAUUUAGAGCAAUCGGAUGUGGAUAUUUAUUGUCAGCAGUCGCUUCUGUGUUCAUAAACAUAGGUCUCAGCAGCAAAACUCGUCCGGGUAAAGGAUUCUCGAUCUUGUUUCCUAUAGAGGUUAAGAAUAUUCACCUUGCCAAACAUGGCAGUGACUCUGGCGUUUACGACAAAGAUGGACGGUUUGUGGCUUCGAAGUUCGAGGAGAUAUUUGCGAAGCAUGCACACACACAUCGCGAUGCUUUGACUAACGAGGAACUUAAAGAACUCCUAAACGCAAACAAAGAACCUAAUGAUCGUAAAGGAUCGAUUGCAGCGUACACGGAGUGGAAGAUAUUGCACUAUUUAUGCAAAGACAAGAACGGUUUGUUGCACAAAGAUACAGUGAGAGCUGCCUACGAUGGCUCUCUUUUCGAAAAACUGGAGAAACAAAGAUCUUCUAAAACUCCUAAGAAACAUCCAUAAAUCUUAAUUUAAAAAAGCUUAUUCUGCUUGUGGCGAUCUAUUUGUUUAUAUGAAAGUUAUUACUUCAAUGUUAUAUGUAAUUACGAUGGUGUGAAGAUUGCAAUGUGUUUAGUUUUAUGAAUUUAUAGUUUUCGUAUAUCUGAUUAUUUGUGUACGUACUUGUUCAGAUGUUUGUAUCUUAUAAUUCCAGUAAAAGUAAUGUAAUUUUAUUUGAACA